GGAUAAGAUCGGAGGGGGCGGCGGCCCGACCGCUCACUAGCGGCGGCUGUCCGGGGGCUGUAGUCGCCGCGCAGCUCCAGCGGGGGGCUGCCCAGGCCAACGACCUGCCUCUGUCGCCUCCUCUUCCAUCGCCCAGCUCCCCCCAGCCAGAUCAUUCCCCAAGAUGGCAGAGGAGAGCAGCAGUCCCAGGGACUGUGAGUCCUUCAGUGUGCUCAACUGGGAUCAGGUUAGCCGGCUGCAUGAGGUCCUGACAGAGGUCGUUCCUGUCCAUGGACGAGGCAACUUUCCAACCUUGGAGAUAACCCUGAAGGACAUUGUCCAGACCGUCCGCAGCCGGCUGGAGGAGGCAGGCAUCAGCGUGCAGGAUGUCCGGCUGAAUGGCUCUGCGGCCGGCCACGUUCUAGUCAAAGACAACGGCUUGGGUUGCAAAGACCUGGACCUGAUCUUUCACGUGGCUCUUCCCACAGAGGCAGAAUUUCAGCUGGUCAGAGAUGUGGUUCUAUGUUCCCUUCUGAACUUCCUACCAGAGGGUGUGAACAAGCUCAAAAUCAGCCCUGUCACUCUGAAGGAGGCAUAUGUGCAGAAGCUUGUAAAGGUUUGCACGGACACAGACCGCUGGAGCCUGAUCUCCCUCUCCAACAAGAACGGGAGGAACGUGGAGCUGAAGUUCGUCGACUCCAUCCGGCGUCAGUUUGAGUUCAGCGUGGACUCUUUCCAGAUCAUCCUGGAUUCUUUGCUUUUUUUCUAUGACUGCUCCAGUAACCCCAUCUCUGAGCACUUCCACCCCACAGUGAUCGGGGAGAGCGUGUAUGGGGACUUUGAGGAAGCCUUUGAUCAUCUGCAGAACAGACUGAUCGCCACCAAGAACCCCGAGGAAAUCCGAGGCGGUGGUCUUCUCAAGUACAGCAACCUGCUUGUGCGGGACUUCAGGCCUGCGGACCAGGAGGAGAUCAAGACUCUGGAGCGGUACAUGUGCUCGAGGUUUUUCAUCGACUUCCCAGACAUCCUGGAACAGCAAAGGAAGCUGGAGACCUACCUUCAAAACCACUUUGCUGAAGAAGAGAGGAGCAAGUACGAUUACCUCAUGAUCCUACGCAGGGUAGUGAACGAGAGCACCGUGUGCCUCAUGGGGCACGAGCGCAGGCAGACCCUGAACCUCAUCUCUCUCCUGGCCUUGCGCGUGCUGGCAGAACAAAACAUCAUCCCCAGCGCCACCAACGUCACCUGUUACUACCAGCCAGCUCCUUAUGUCAGCGAUGGCAACUUCAACAACUACUACAUCGCCCACCCUCCAGUUACCUACAGCCAGCCUUACCCUACCUGGCUGCCCUGUAACUAACCUUAAGACCUGAGGUUUCCACAGUGGGAACCCAUUAGGGUGGGGGGCUCUCAGGUAGGAGAGCCUCUUCUUAGAUGUAGGUGUUUGGCUUUUAAAGGGGAACUCAGCUCUGAUUCUGCUUUUUUUUCUCUUUUUCCUUUUUGUGAACCCAUUGGAAUGGACUCUCAUGAGCCAACCCUAAAAGGACCCAUAAUUACAGUGCCACUCUGGAAGAUGAAUAGGAAGUGUGACCUCGCUACAUCUUUCCAAGAUAGUCACUAACAUGUCACUUUCCAGAUGUUAGCACAUGGGACUUGAGCUCUGCACAGUCUUUGACAUUGGGAGAGUUGGGCAGCGUAUGAAAAGUGUUAAGCUUUUUUCUCACCUGAGCCUAAAGUAGACUGUGCUGGCCCUCACUUGGACUUCUCAGCAGUUAUGUGAAAGCUGUGCUAAUAGUCUCUUACUGUCCCCCAAAUUGGUAACCAUGAGGGUGCUCUUGUAACUGAAGAUUGUUCAUGGGACUGAGCUAUGUAUGUCUAGUCCCUGUCAGCAGAGCUGAGAAUUUCAUUCAUCAAUAAACCAAAGCCAAUAGCUGUAAACUUGAGAUCUGGUUGGAAGUGGUUUAUGGUUUAGAUGCCGGGCUAUAUCAAGGAAUCAUGAGAGAUUGUGGAGAAAAAAAAAUGACCUUUUCUUGAAAUGUAACUUGAAAACAGCAAAAUAAAAUGUGGAACAUAAUGUUAAAGUAGAAUUGUGCUGGUGGUGGGGUGGUGAUUGUAAAUAGGAAACAUGAAUGUUCUUUUCUUCUUCUUUAAGGAAUUCUUAGUGAAUGACAUGUUUUCUCUCAUUGGUUCUCUCACAACUGACUCUCGUGUUGUUCUUCCUGAGAGUAAGGACUGUGUUGUGUCUGGAGUUACCAUAACUGACAUGAGAGGCUUCCCAUGUUUUAAUUGGAAGCCCAUUUUGGUCAACGUUCCAAGUAUGACAAGCUGUUUUGCUGAAGUUCUUUGGCCAUUUUUCUUUUCCUUUUUUUUUUCUUUCAAAAAUAGCAAUUUCUUUCUCUAGGUAUUUUUUUUACAGCAGAUGAAUUCAGGAAUUUCAGGAGAAAAGAGUGAUCUGCUUUAGAAUCUCACUUCUUGACUCUGAGCUGCAUGGAAGUAGGGUUUAGUGUUAAGUCUGGCCUUGUAUGUGUUCAAGCUACCUGUGCACUUUGAAAUCACUCUGGUGUGUUUGGGAAAGAAUCCAGUAAGUGAAGAAUAGACUUCAUUCUGGUAGAUUUGACCAUUGUGUUUAAUGUCCUGAACUUCAGAAGGAAAACAGUGUUAACAGCCUAAAGCAAGUAGCCAGUGGGAGAAGUCUGGGUUACUGCUGCUUUUCCUAGUAGAUUUAGAUAAGAGAAACUUUUGAAACUUUCUGAGGAAUCUUUUAGAAAGCAUUACAUUAGGAUAUCAAGGGGAAAGACAUUCAGUAUUGCCAGCUAGCUUUCUUAAGUGAUUUGAUCAAAUCUAUGUUCCUAAUUUAUAUUUUCCCCUGUGACCAUAAAAAAGAAUCCAAAGCCCUGGGUGAUUGCUUUCUCUUCCCUUGAAGCAUUCUAGUUAUCUUAAUGCAGAAAUGCUUAGAGUAAAAUGAGUGGUUGGUCUUUCUCUAAAGAUGUGUUUUCAGAUUUCUUCUGGAAUGUGCUAUAUUGGUCCUCUUUUAAGAUGUGAUUGAAACAUGUCUUGGGUGACAUCCAUGUCAUGUUAGGUGACUAGAAGCCACUUAAUAUAGCUAGCUUCCACUUCCCUGUAAAUUGUAGUUAUAUUUGAGUUCACUGGCUUUGAGUCAAGGCCAGUUCUUUGAGGGAACCUGGGCUGUUUCAGUGAUAAAAGAAAGGUCAUGAAAAGUGAGCCGAACUUUAAAAACUAUCAAGUCAUCCAUGGCCUUAAAAUGCUGCCAUUAUGGUCAAAUGAGAACAUGUUUGCACAAAAUUGAUUGGUUCAGCCCCAGCUGUUGAAGUAUGACAUUAGAACUUGCUCACAGAAUCUGAAAUCAGGUAUGCUUCUCCUGAGUCUUGGGAAUCAGUGAGGUACCCGAAAAACUGAGGUACCUGAAAAACUUCUAAUUUGUCCUUGGAGUUCUUCCGGUUUUGCAGUCUGGCCAUAAGUCCUCCUUUGAGGAUAGGGAGAGGCGUGAGGUUGUAAACUACCAUUGCCUUCCUGGUAGUUUAGUUUCUUCACCUGAUCUUUUUAGUCUGCCCAGCUAUUUUUGUGAUUUGAGAAGUGUUAUGUGUUCUAGAACCAUCAUGUAAAAAGUUGCAUUGACCAAAGCUAUACUAUUUUUAAGACCUAACCCCUGGGUUAACAGUGUCUACCUGCUUUGUGAGCCUUUUGCCAGCCUUGGAAGAGGCCAGGUAACCUUGUGUUUCAGAUGCCUGGAAAUUUCUCUCUGAAACUUGAUUUUUGUGCUCCUCACAUAAACACCAGAUGCCCCAGUGGUUCCUUUUUUCUUUUCUUUUCUUUUUUUUUUUGUGUGUGUCUGUGUGUGUGUGAACUUGGCAGUGGCAGAGGCCACUAAAGUUCGAAUGUGAGCUCUUGCUUCAGAACUCUGAACUGCUUCCUAAUGCCUGUUUUCCCAGUCUGCUUCUCACAGUCAAGUACAGUAGCAGGUGGGUGAAAUCAGCACCUUUUCCCCUUGAGUAGACCAACAGUUGCACACUUGAUUCUGUGCCUGAGCGUCCUUCUCACCCUUCAACCCUACCUUGGCAGGAAGUUGCCUCCUUCACAUGAUCAUUUCAGUGCUGAAGCAUAACUCUGCAUCACUGUCACCUCUAAAUCAAAUCCAUGAUAACUGCCUGCGGGCUGUGUCAUGGCCCACUCCUGGGGAUCUGGCAGAUGGGUCGAGUUGGGUAGGGAAGAUGAUGCUUGGUUCCUGAUGUGUUUUUGGCACACCAGUGUUUUUGACAGCCCCCCCCCCAUUCGACUUACACUGGGAAUUUGUGUCAAAGUGAGUUAGCUGUGUGUGGACCUGUGUUUUGUGUGAUGUGUUAAUAAUCACAUUGCUGAAGCUGAGAAUCUGCUUAUCCUCUGGCUGACCUCUGGCACUAGCCCCUUUCUUCAUGGUGGGUUAGGAUUUUAGCUAGUAACUGCUUUAGCUUUGGGAAAUGGUGCCACUCAUAGAUGACUUUCAGAGCAAGUCUCUUUUAGUGUACUUUCUGGUACUGGUGCCCUGUUUUAGGAUGGUGCUAGUCUUAGCUAGUCUUAGCUUUCUUCUAGAGGCUGGAUUAAAUUAUAGCUAUCCAAUCAUGAGAAGUCCUGACACUGCCUGGACUUUACUUCCUGGGUAUCCACCUGGGGCCCCAUGCUAGGGGAAACUCUGGAUGGUUCUGUAAAUUGAAAGAACUUCCUGUUUUCAGGGUUGGAUUUAUAUCCUUAGCCUGAGACAAGAAUCUCACAUCUCAUUUUGGUAUAUAUUCUGAGUCCACCAAUUAAACUCAGAAGGUAAAGAAGAGAGGUGUUUAAGAAGACCAUGGCAACUUCUCAGGAUUAUUUGUGGAGAUCUCUUAAGGAAAGAAAAUGACUCCUUUUUUUCUUUUGUGAAUUUAAGUGCCUACAUCUUCUUGUUUACCUAUCACUUAAAAAAUAGUUUAAGUGUAAGCUUCAAGAAUUCUGGAGUUUUGCCUGGGCUAUUGAGAUUUGGUGCAAAUUCUCAUGUGUGUUUGCAUAGGAAGGAAGGUGACAUGACCAUCCACUAAAGAGGAAGUAGCUAAUUAACAUGAUUUG